AUGUCCGAUAAAAGACAAAAACCCGUAAGAUCAAAGUCUGAUAAAUAUCAAAAUAUUGACCAGGUUGAAAAGUCUGAAAAGCUAGAUAAAGCCAGUAUUAAGAAGGCUUUUGAUGUCUUCGACUAUAACGGUAAUGGUAUCUUGUCCCUCGCCGAAAUCGAUAGGGCUGUCAUUGAGCUCUACCCCCAACUCGCAAAAGAUAAGCCCGCAAUCAUGAGGGCUUACAAAGCCGCUGACGCUUCAAAUGAUGGUUUCAUCGACUUUGAAGAAUUUGGCCGCCUCGUGGAUCUUCUUUAUUAUUACAACGACCUAUUCAAGGUUUUUAAGAAACUUGAUACAGAUAGUGACAGACGUAUCAGUUUUGAGGAAUUCAAGAAGGGACAUAAGCUCAUUGGAAUAGAUGCUAGUUCGGAAAAACAAAUUAAGAAGGAAUUCGAUGAAAUCGAUACGAACAAAGGAGGGUUUAUCCUAUUUGAUGAGUUCUGCACUUUCGCUGCCAAGAAAAAAUUGAUUGCAGAAAUGCCCUAA